AUGUCGGCCGAUUCACCAACCCGCCCGACGCGUCGCGUUGCGCGCAAAAACGUGGUAGUCGAGGAAUCCGACGACGAGUUGAGCUUCAUCAAGGAGGAUGACGAUGAGGAGUUUACGCCCGCACCGAAGCGAAGCCCGCGAAGGUCCACGAGAAGACAGACAACAGCAAGCGUCGAUGCAUCGCCCAAAAAGUCGACGCGUUCGCGCAAAUUCAAGACUGGCGAAGGCAUCGAACCUUCGCAGAUAUUCGAUCCAGAAGAGACCAUGCCUUCCAGCGGCCCUACCUCUCCAACGAAGACUGCCUCGCCCCGAAAACGAAAGAGUGUCGCUCCUCGAAAAGGCCGGAGGUCCUCAAUCGCACCCCCUCAACCUGAGUUACCUCCGCCUGAGGCCACUACCAGCCCGGCACACGACAUCUUGCCAGCGACACCACUGAAAGACAUCACUAGCCAUGCAUUAAACAAGAAUGUCGCUCUGGACGCGGAUCAAGAAUUGCGCAAACCAAUAAGACCGGCUGAUCUAAUGCUAGAGAAGCCUAUGGACAUCGUUAUACGGGCAAGAGCGCAGGCAGUUCCAAUUGCUGAAGAGCCUGCGGGACCCAAGUCUAGGAUGGUCAUUCGACAACUGGUCAUGACAAAUUUCAAAAGCUAUGCCGGGAGGCAGGUGGUCGGGCCCUUCCAUGCUUCAUUCUCUGCGGUUGUCGGACCCAAUGGCUCUGGAAAGUCUAAUGUCAUUGACUCUUUGCUCUUUGUCUUCGGUUUCAGGGCGAGCAAGAUGAGACAGGGCAAAAUCUCCGCGCUGAUCCACAACUCGGCGCACCACCAGGAUCUUGAUUUCUGCGAGGUUGAGGUCUACUUUCAAGAAAUCAUUGACCUACCAGGAGGGAAACACGAACUUGUUCCAGACUCGCAGCUCGUGGUCUCCAGGAAAGCGUUCAAGAACAACUCGAGCAACUAUUACUUGAACGGCAAAACUACGAAUUUCACGACCGUAACGACAUUGCUGAAGAAUAAGGGUAUCGACCUGGAUCACAAACGAUUCUUGAUCUUGCAAGGCGAGGUCGAGUCGAUUGCGCAGAUGAAGCCAAAAGCUGCAAAUGAGCACGACGAUGGACUUUUGGAGUACCUCGAGGAUAUCAUUGGAACCUCGAAGUAUAAGACACCUAUCGAAGAAGCAGCUGUCGAGCUUGAAAGCCUCAAUGAGAUUUGCGUGGAGAAGCAAGGUCGUGUUCAGCACGUCGAGAAAGAGAAAAAUAGUCUGGAAGACAAGAAGAAUAAAGCUUUGGCAUUUAUCCGCGAUGAGAACGAGUUGGCAGAAAAGCAAUCAGCCCUGUACCAAAUCUACAUUGGCGAAUGUGAAGACAACACCAAGGUCACAGAAGAGGCUAUACAGCAAAUUCAGGAGCAGCUCAAUGCCGAACUGGAGAAGCAUGCUGGGAAUGAAGAUGCCAUCAGAGAUCUCGAAAAUGCUUACCACAAAGCCCUCAAGCAGUACGAACGAAUUGAGAAGCAAGUCCAAGAACUGAACAAAGAGCUAGCUAAAUUCGACAAGGAGAGCGUUAAGUUUGACGAGAAGCGCAAAUUUAUCGGUGGCAAACAGAAAAAGGCAGAAAAGACCGCCACUUCCAGUCGGCUGGCUGCAUCUGAAGCUCAAAGUCUUGUCGAAAGGCACACGGGGGAUGUCCAACGUAAAGGUGCAGAGGUUCUUGAACUUGAGAAAGAGAUGGAGCAAGAAGAGCAAAAGCUGGCCGCCAUCAGGGAUGAUCUCAAAGGGAAGACCCAGGGCUUGUCCGAUCAGAUUGCGGCGAAGCAAAAAUCGCUGGAGCCUUGGAACGCCAAAAUCAACCAAAAGCAGUCAACGAUCGCCGUCGCACAAUCUGAGCUUGAUAUUCUCAAGGACAAAGCGAACAGCGGUCAGAAAUCGAUAGACCAGGCCAACGAAAGGAUUGCGAGCAUUGAAUCUGACAAGGCCACGAAGCUCGAAGAAAUUCAACAACGAAAGCAUGAAAAGGCCCGGCUGGAGAAGGAUAUUAGGAAGAUCCAAGAUGCUUUACAAAAACUGGCUGCCAGUGAGCCAGAGGUCCGCUCUCAGAUAUCGUCGGCGCGGCAGAAGGCUGAUGAGGCACGAGCGAGCCUCGCAACCAGCCAGAAUCAAAGUAACGUGCUCAAGGGCUUGUUGCGCCUCAGGGAUUCGGGUCGGAUCGAUGGCUUUCACGGUCGCCUUGGCAACCUGGGUACUAUCGAUGAGAAGUUUGACGUUGCCAUAUCCACAGCAUGUCCGUCAUUGGAGAACAUGGUUGUCGACAAUGUCGAGGUUGGACAGCUGUGUAUUGAAUAUCUCCGAAAGAACAACUUAGGGCGAGCGAACUUCAUUCUUCUCGACAAGUUGGCACACCGCGAUCUGUCUCCCAUACAAACUCCGGAGAAUGUACCUCGACUCUUUGACCUCAUCAAGCCUAAGGAUGCGCGAUUUGCCCCUGCUUUCUACAGCAUCAUGCAGAAUACGCUUGUUGCGCAAGAUCUCCCGCAGGCGAACCGUAUUGCUUAUGGCGCGAAGAGAUGGCGGGUGGUCACUCUUGACGGUCAAUUGAUUGACGUCUCUGGCACCAUGAGCGGCGGUGGAACUCGUGUUGCACGAGGUGCAAUGUCAUCCAAGUUGUCUUCUGAUACUACGAAGGAUCAAGUACAAAAGCUUGAGAACGAACGAGAUCAACUGGAGAAGCAGUUCGAGGCUUUUCAGACAAGACAAAGAGAACUUGAGGCCAGCCUCAGAGACAAGCAAGAAGAAAUCCCUCGGCUAGAAACAGCUAUUCAAAAGACCAAUCUUGAAGUGGAAACCUGUACCAGGAAUAUUGCCGACGCACAGAAACGCAUUCAGGAUCUUACAGUCGAGCUGGCUAGCACCUCAGUGGACGAUUCUCAGAUCAUACGUCUUCAGACGCACAUUGAAUCAACUAGCAGGGAGCUUGAACAAUUGCACUCCGAGACGGCUAGUGUGGAAGCCGAGAUCCAAGCUUUGCAGGACAGGAUAAUGGAGGUUGGUGGAAUCCAACUCCGAACGCAGAAGGCUCGAGUCGACGGCCUCAAAGAAAGGAUCGACAUGUUGAAUGACGACAUCUCGAGCGCAGAAGUAGCCAAGACGAAGAACGAGAAGCUUAAGGUCAAGAACGAAAAGACGAAAUCGGAUGCAGAGAAGGAACUUGAGUCUUUGUCUAAAGAUCUUGAGCGACUGGAACAGGACAUCGAGAGGCACAAGACUGCGGCGGCGGAGCUGCGGGCUCAGGUGGAUCAAGCUGAAGAACAACAAACCAGUAUGAAGGACGAACUUGGAGACCUGAAGAAGAAUCUCGAUGCGCAAACGGCGGAACUGAACUCGACGAGGGCUGUUGAAAUUGAGAUGAAAAACAAGCUCGAGGAGAACCAAAAGGUCCUGGCGGACAACCAGAAAAAGAGUCGUUAUUGGACAGAGAAAUUGUCCAAACUUACCUUACAUGACACUGCCGACCUGGAAGCGAUAACCCAAGACCAAGACAAUCAACCGCUUGAGCGCCCGGCGGAUGAAGAAGAUAUGCCCGAUGCACCCCCUGAAGCAGAUCCGGAUGCAAUGGACGUCGAUGAAGGACAAGAUGAAGAGCAGCCCAAGACUCCUUCCAAUCCGGUACGAAGGCAACUGCAGACAUUCACCCGCGAUGAACUACUUGACAAAAACAAAGAUCAUCUUGUCGCCUCAAUUGCCGCACUCGAAGAAAAGGUUUCCAAUGCAUCAAGCAUUGACUUGAGCGUCAUAGCUGAAUAUCGGCGACGAUGUGCAGAGGUGGCUUCCCGAACUAGCGAUCUCAAGAUUGCUGUGAAGACUAGGGAUGCGGCCAAAACACGCCUGACUGAUCUACGAAACCUUCGCCUUACCCAGUUCAUGACAGGCUUCACGACCAUCUCCUCGCAUCUGAAGUCGAUGUACCAGCUCAUCACGCUUGGAGGCAACGCAGAACUCGAGCUUGUGGACAGUCUCGAUCCAUUUUCUGAAGGCAUUCUAUUUUCCGUCAUGCCUCCUAAGAAAAGCUGGAAGAACAUUGGUAACUUGUCUGGCGGGGAGAAGACUCUGAGUUCGCUCGCCCUAGUGUUUGCGCUUCAUGUCUAUCGGCCCACACCCUUGUACGUUAUGGAUGAAAUUGAUGCGGCUUUGGAUUUCAGAAACGUGUCAAUUGUCGCGGGCUACAUCAAAGAGAGAACCAAAAACGCACAGUUCAUUGUCAUUUCCUUGCGAAACAACAUGUUCGAACUUGCAGAACGGCUAGUGGGCAUCUACAAGGUCAACCAUAUGACAAAGAGCGUCACAGUAGAAAACAAAGACUACUUGUCCAUGGGAAAUCGGAGGCAAGAACAGCCAGCAAGUGAUGGCAGGGCGACCAGUGGACAACCCGGACAAGUACGGUGA